AUGGUUUGUGAUGAACGUAAUUUGCGGUACAGGCAGGAAAUGCGGUCUACUGAUGAAGGAGAUAUACCGUUAAUAGUGCAGACGUGGUCGAUAUGGCUGUUUACAAGAUGGAAAUCAAAAAUACUAAAUGAAACCACAAUGUCCACAGAUACAAUAACCCCGGCUCCACUACAACUACUUUCACUGACACUCAACCGCACAAACAUUAUCAACGACGUGUCGUCAACCGUCAUACCACCAGUCGGAACUGCCUUGCCUCCAAACUAUCACCUGGCAUACUUUCCCACACGUGUCUACGAAAAAGACUUGUCCCCCGAUGGAUACUUGACUACUCAUUCUCCACCGCCGCCUUUUCUUCAACGCAUGUGGGCAGGUGGUGAGUUGCUUUUUGAUAAUUGGAACCCGUUGAGAGUAGGACAGCAUGUGAAUAUGGAAACAAAGUGCCGUAACGUUGAGGUGAAACAUGGUGCACUUGGUGGGGAGAAUGUUUUUGUGUGGAUAGAUAGAGAUAUGGGGAAUAAACAUGGGUUUAGUGUACGGGACACGAGAUGUUUGGUGUAUAUGAGAAGAUCGGUCCUGAAGGAGAAGCAGCGAAAGAUUGUUAAAGUAAACUACAAAGCAGAUUUUGAAAAAAUAAUUCAUCCUACAACUAUAUUGCUAUUUCGAUAUUCCGCGUUAACAUUUAAUAGUCACCUAAUACAUUACGAUCAUAAAUAUGCCGCGGAAGUAGAAGGGCACGAAGGUUGUCUAAUUCACGGGCCACUAACAUGCACAUUACUCUUAGAUCUUGUACGUGAUAGCAUUCCCGAGCCGUCAGCACGAAUAAAAUCAUUUACAUAUCGAGCUUUAAGCCCAUUAGUUGUUGGCAAACCUUUCAAAAUAUGCGGAAAACGUAAUCUUAAUGCAAUUUCAUCUAAUAGCUUCAAGGAAGGUGGCAGUGACGUUUCUUAUGAUCUUUGGGCGGAGAAUAAUGAGGGUGGUCUGGCAAUGAAAGGAACCGCAUUGAUCGAAUUUUUAUAA